GGCGGGGCCGAGCCGCGGGCGCUGAGGCGGCGCCGGGACCGGGACCGGGAGCGGGACCAGGACCGGCAUCGCCACCGGGAGGCGGGGCUGGAGCGGGAACCGGGCGGGCCAUGGCCGCCGCCGCCGCGCGUUGAGGCCCCGCCGCUCACCCGGGCCGGGAUGCCCCGGGGGGGGCCCGGGCCGCCGCCGGAGCCAUGGAGGAGGAGGGCAAGAAGGGCAAGAAGCCUGGAAUCGUGUCCCCGUUCAAGCGCGUGUUCCUGAAGGGGGAGAAGGGCCGGGAUAAGAAGGCUCAGGAGAAGGUGACGGAGCGGCGCCCGCUGCACACCGUGGUGGUGGCGCUGCCCGACCGCGUGGAGCCCGACCUGCUGCUCCACGACUACAUCGAGAAGGAGGUCAAGUAUUUAGGGCAGCUCACCUCCAUCCCGGGAUACCUGAACCCCUCCAGCCGCACGGAGAUCCUGCACUUGAUUGACAACGCCAAGAGAGCCCACCAGCUCCCGGGGCAGCUGACCCCGGAGCACGACGCCGUCAUCAGCCUGUCUGCCUACAACAUCAAGCUGGUGUGGAGGGACGGGGAGGACCUGAUCCUCAGGGUGCCCAUCCACGACAUCGCCUCCGUCUCCUACAUCCGCGACGACUCCGCACACCUGGUUGUGCUCAAGACAGCUCAGGAUCCCGGGAUCUCGCCGAGCCAGAGCCUGUGUGCCGAGGGCUCCAAGGCGCUGACGUCGGGCUCGCUGUCGGAGAGCGCGGGGGGGCCCCUGGAGUGCUGCUGCCUGGUGGUGCUGGCCACGGAGAACAAGGUGGGCGCUGAGGAGCUGUGCUCCCUGCUCAGCCAAGUCUUCCAGAUCGUUUACACCGAGUCCACCAUCGACUUCCUGGACCGCGCCAUCUUCGACGGCGCCUCGACGCCCACGCGGCACCUGUCCCUGCACAGCGAUGACUCUUCCACCAAAGUGGACGUGAAGGAGCCCUUCGAGGCGGAUGCCAGCACUUUGUGAGUGACCCCUGCCCUGGGAUUAAGCCGGAUCUGCUGCCCUCAGCACCCCGGGGAGCUCAGCUGAGCCCGGCCGGGCCUCGGGGGGUUGGCACAGAUCCUGUCCUGGCCCGGAUUGCUCUGCCCUCAGCAUUCCAGGAGUCACAUCCACGGCGAGCAGUCCCUGUGUCAGCACGGUGCAGGGCACCAGCUGCAGCUGGGAGCAGGGCUUGCCCCCAGAACUUGUUAUUUGGGAAACUUCUCCCUCCUGGAGACAUCCACGGUGUUUGUGGCUGGGAUCCUGGCACACGAAGCCUUGGUUAGCAGUGAGGGAAUAGCCAGCAUGGAGGGGUACUCUGGGAAUGUUCAACCUGGAGGAAACUGAAAAUUGCACAUUUAAUUCCACUAUCAUCUUGGGACAGCCAACAUGGAGGGGUUCCCUAGGAAUGUUUAACAUGGGGGUAAUUAGAAACCUUAUUGAAAAUUGCACAUUUAAUUCCA